UGGUGAGGUAAAAACGCGGGUCACACUGAAGAAUCGUAGCAGAAGAUGGAUAGUCUUCCUGGAGAAAUCAUGGUGAAUAUACUAUCGAGACUCCCCGUCAAAUCCUUACUCCGAUGCAAGUCCGUAUGCAAAUCCUUCCUCAAUCUAACCCUCGACCCGUACCUGAUCGAAGCCCAUCUCAAUCACGCCUCCUUUCAUCACGACCAAAACCCCAGUCUCAUCCUCAACACCGCCGUCCUCAACGGCGACACCCACUUCCGCUCCCAGUUGUACUACACCACCCUAACCACAACCCAAUCCAACUAUCCUUGCAACGAGAUCCCUUUCUCGCCCCUCAAUGUGGACGAUUUUUGCGUCACGGAUUCGUGCAAUGGCUUGCUCUUUUUGCAACGUCGCACAAUCGAUGACUUUAUGUUUGUCAUCAACCCGUGUACUGGGAAGCAAAUCGAGAUCCCCAAGUUAAUCAUUCCAGCAUUACGAUUCGAGAUCCCACAGUUGAUCAUUCUGUCAUUAGGUGUGGAGAUGGGGAUUGGGUUUGGGUUUAGCCCCAAAACCAAUCAAUAUAAACUGGUAAAGGUUAUUGACGGGUCGGCGUCGUAUGUUUUUAGUUUGAGUGAAGGGGUUUGGAGAGAAGCAGCAGGAGCUCCCAGUUUCAAGAUUUCGGGGUUUUACAACUCGAAGGAAACUUCAGCUAGACGGUCCAACAAUUAAAGAGCGAGCUCCUACAGGCGAAGGCUUUCAUUGAGCAAGAUCAAGACCGGUGGUUGGGGAAACGAUCAUUACUUUGGUGGUCCGUUAGUCCUGGGAGUUCUAGAUUGUGUUAAAUGAAUUUAUGAAUCCUUAGUUGAGUAACAUUCUGUGUAGUCCUGGUAGUGGUUGAAACAUUUCUAGUAAUACGUAAUCUUUUUCACACUUGUGUGGAGUGGUAAAUUGUAUAAGACGAAUUGAAUACUUGCAUUGGGAAACAAUGGUGGGUCACAUUGUGGUCCUUCUUUGUUUU